UACGAAACACAAACGACAGCAUCCUACAGAUCUACUUGUGCCGUCGUAUCUGACCAACACCAACCUGUGCAUAUCUCAUCGAUUGCCUCAACUGUAGAGCGCAUCAAUUGUCUAUAAAUAGAGCUGACAGCAGCGUAUCAAUACGACAGUUCACGAUGAUAAGUCUUAGGGUACCCUUGUUGCUGCUAGUGGCGACGGCCGUCCUUCUCGCGACGGCACAAGAUUCCGACCAGAAGGAAUGGUGGGAAACGACCGUUUUCUAUCAGAUCUACCCGAGGUCGUUCUUCGAUUCAAAUGACGAUGGCACCGGUGACAUAAAAGGAAUCACAGCCAAGCUGCAGCAUCUUAAGGAUACCGGCUUCGAGGCAACGUGGCUCAGUCCGAUUUUCCAGUCGCCCCAGGAAGACUUUGGAUACGAUGUGAGUGACUUCGUUUCGGUGGAUCCACUAUUUGGCUCUAACAGUGAUCUGGAGGAGCUGUUUGCCGAAGCCGAAAAGCUCGGAAUCAAGAUAAUUCUGGAUUUCGUGCCCAACCAUUCGAGUAAUGAGCAUGAAUGGUUCGUGAAGUCUGAAAAUAGGGUAGACCCCUAUACCGAUUACUACAUGUGGCACAACGGAAAACCGAAUCCGCAAGGUGGAAGACCUUUGCCGCCUAAUAAUUGGCAAUCGGUAUUCUACGGAUCCGCAUGGGAGUGGAGUGAAAAGCGUCAGCAGUAUUACUUGCAUCAGUUUGCUGUUGGUCAACCGGAUUUGAACUACCGCAAUGAGGCUGUGAUCAAGGAGUUUGAUGAAAUUUUGCGCUACUGGAUGAAGAAAGGAGCAUCGGGCUUCCGCAUUGAUGCCAUCAACCAUAUGUUCGAGGUGGAGGAUUUACGGGAUGAACCGAUUAACGAUCCGUCGGACCCCAACAGCUACGGUUAUACGCAUCACAUCUACACGAAAGAUCUUCCGGAUACGUACGAGGUAAUUGCCCGCUGGCGUAAGGUCAUCGACGACUACGUAAAGGAAAGUGAUUCCGAUACUAUCAUCAUGAUGACUGAAGCGUACGCCAAUUUGACUAUGACCAUGAAGUUCUACGAGUCCGAUGAUGGUACGCAACCAAGGGCUCAUUUCCCGUUCAACUUUGCAAUGAUUGAGGACUUGAACGACGGCUCAAAAGCAUCGAAUUUUAAGUACAUUAUUGACCGCUGGCUGGACAACAUGCCUCGAGGAAAGAUCACCAACUGGGUGUUGGGAAACCACGAUAAGCCCCGCAUGGCCAGUCGCUACGGGCGGGACCGUAUCGAUGGAAUGGCUUUGAUUCUGAUGACUCUUCCAGGGGUGGCAGUUGUGUACAAUGGAGAGGAAAUCGGUAUGGAAGACUAUCGUGACAUGUCUUAUGAAGAUAGCAAAGAUCCCCAAGGAUGUAACCUGGGCCCGGAUAACUACAAAUGGGCAUCGAGAGACCCUCAGCGAACUCCGUUCCAAUGGGACGACAGCUUUAACGCAGGAUUCUCAAAGGCCGCUAAAACAUGGCUUCCGAUGCAUCCGCUGUACAGACAAACGAACUUGCUGAAGCAAACGGAAGCUGAUUACAGCACCUAUCACUUCUACGUGGACUGCAUGAAGCUUCGAAAGGAACGCAUUUUGACUCAUGGAGAAUUCCGCUCCCGAGCGUUCAACGACGACGUGUUUGCCUUCGUGCGAUUCCUGCGGGAAAAUGAAGAUCGUGAACUGGACCCAUACUACGUAACGCUGGUCAACUUCCAUGGGGAAACCUACACCGUGGAUGUGACCGAGUUGUACCGAUUCGCUGGAAAAACCGCAACCGUCAGACUGGUUGGUACCGAUUCACGUCACAAAGUUGGUCAAACCGUCAACACUACGGAGCUGACUCUGGGUCCGUACGAAGCCAUUGUAAUCGGUGCUAGUUCAGCAGUUAGCGUUCAUCUGUCGAUGGCAUUACUUGUGACAGCUAUAAUUAAAUAUUUGUUCCUAUGAACAUAUUGAAUAAAUCGAAUUUGUGGGUUAUGUUAAUUUGUUUUAAAAUUCGCGGCGUCAUUAUCACGCGUCGUACGAGGGAUAACGGUUAAUUUGUUAUCUUCAACAUCAGUACCUACAAUAAAUCAAUGUCAUAAAUA